CCGGGGGUCCUCGGGCGACUCCACUGGGGCGGGGCUGCGGGCCCGGCCCCCCACUCACAGACUCGCGAGCGUGGGGGGUGUGGCCGCCGGGUCCGCGUCCUCCCAGGGACAGAGCGGCUCCACCAGUGCCGCCGGACCAGCGCCCCCUGCUUUCUGCUUGAGAUGCUUUUCCUUUCUUUUCAUGCAGGCUCUUGGGGAAGCUGGUGCUGCUGGUGCUGCCUGAUUCCUGCGGACAGCUCUUGGGACCACGGCCGGCGCGGGCAGCUGGAGAUGGCGGACACGAAAUCCGUGCACGAGACCAGGUUCGAGGCGGCGGUCAAGGUGAUCCAGAGUUUGCCGAAAAAUGGUAUGCACUCCAGUCCCGCGGAGGUCCGGCCCGGUGUCUUAACAUCAUCACUGUUAGUCGUUCUAAUCUCGUAUGACUUGUUUAUUCUACUUUUUCAUGUGUUGAAAAAGAAUGUGAUUGAAGGGGAGUCACUGAGUGCUAAGUUUUCUUCAAGGGAUGCUUGGAGUUCAUUGGGUGAUAUGACUAAAGAAGAAGCCAUGAUUGCAUAUGUGGAAGAAAUGAAAAAGAUUAUUGAAACUAUGCCAAUGACUGAGAAAGUUGAAGAACUGCUACAUGUCAUAGGUCCAUUUUAUGAAAUUGUGGAAGACAAAAAGAUUGGCAGGAGUUCUGAUUUAACCUCAGUCCGACUGGAGAAAAUCUCUAAGUACUUAGAAGAUCUUGGUAAUGUUCUGACUUCUACUCCAAAUGCCAAAACUGUUAAUGGGAAAGCUGAAAGCAGUGAUAGUGGAGCCGAGUCAGAGGAAGAAGAGGUUCAGGAGGAAGUAAAGGGAAAAGAACAAAGUGAUAACGAUAAAAUGAUGAAAUCAAGAGAGCAUAAGAAUUUGGAAAUCAUUGUCACUAAUGGCUAUAAUAAAGACAGCUUUAUUCAGGAUAUCCAAGAUGAUGCUCAUGCGACCACUUCUCUGAAUGUUGCAAGUGCUGAAGAAGGAAAACCUGUGGAGCAAAGCUGGGAGGAAACUGGGAAAACUGCUGUCUGCCUCCACCAAGAUAUAAAUGAUGAUCAUGUUGAAGAUGUUUCAGGGAUUCAGCAUUUGACAAGUGAUUCAGACAGUGAAGUUUACUGUGAUUCUAUGGAGCAAUUUGGACAAGAAGAGUCUUCAGAUAGUUUUAUGACAAACACUGGACCAUUUCAAUAUUAUGUGAGGAAUGAUUCCGACAAGCCAUUGGAAAAUUCUGGUUUUCCUGAAGAUGUUCAAGUACCACCUGGAAAUGGCAGUAGUGGGACUGUGCAGGUGGUAGCAGUUGAAGGAAAAGGUGAAAUAAAGCAUGGAGGAGAAGAUGGCAGAAAUAACAGUGGAGCACCACACCAUGAGAAGCGAGGUGGAGAAAGUGAGGAGUUCUCUAAUGUCAGAAGAGCAAGAGGUAAGUAUUACUGUUUCUACCCCCAAAACUAAUAUUUAUAAAGUAGUAAAUGGAGAAGUUCUAUCUAGAAGAGUCACUAAUACUU